GGGUGCCAGGCAGUCCGAGAUCCACUGAGGCAGAACUUCCUUCCUUCAUGUUGUGGAUAAAAAGGCAUGGGUCGCAGCAGAGCCUGUCAGAGAGGCUGAGCGCAGUAGGAGCGGCAGUUCCGCAGUUGGCAGGCACAGGAUCAGUCUGCACAUAUAUGACACCGGAGCUAGGUUGGCAGUUCUGAAACAUCGCCACCGUAAUGGAUACAAGCAAACACCUAAGCAGAGCAGAACCUUGGCUAAGACAUAUUCAGGACCUUAACAGUCGUGUGUGGGUUCUUCAUAACGACAUCCUCACUGCAGUCCCUAGGAAAGAACAAACGGUUCCGGUCACUGUCACGUUACUCCCGUGCCAAUAUCCGGAGGCUCUUGAGGAGGGCAGGGGGGAUCCCAUGUAUGUGGGCCUGAGAGAGCCUCAGUGCUGCCUGGCCUGCACAAAGCAAGGAGAGCAGCCGGUGCUGCAGCUUAAGAAAGAGGACAUACUGGAACUGUACCGCCAAAAGGAGCCUGUAAAACCCUCUGUCUUCUAUCACAGCAAGAGUGGCACAACCUCAACAUUUGAGUCCGCAGCCUUCCCGGGUUGGUUCAUCGCUGUCUGUUCCAAAGGAAGCUGUCCGCUCUUUCUGACCCAAGAACUGGGGAAAACCCACAUCACUGACUUCGAAAUGACUCUGGUGCACUGAGACACAUCGCUCUGUGGCUCUCUCUGAAGAGUCUCUCCUGACAAGAAGCUGAGCUCUCCGGUGGUUGGCUUCCCUCUCUGUGACAACCGAAUCAGAUGCAUCUUACCACAUUCUCAUCCAAAGCGUUACUGCUGGGUUUUGUAAGAUGUCAACUUUGUAGAAUAAAAUCAUUUAUUUCUCUUGUUUUAUUGAAUACAAUGACUUUAGUGCAAUAAAAUAGCCAUGUUAUUUCUGCA